AUGCCGUCUCUACGCCCCCUCUCCCUCCUGGCGAUGCUGCUCGCAUCGACCGCCGUCACCGCAGCCCCCUACAACACCUUUGACGGCCCAGGCUUCCCCGCCUGCAACGACGUCGCCGCAGUCCACAACGCAACCAGCGUAUCCGACAUCCAAUCCCUCGUUAAGGACGCCAUCGCUUCGGGCCAGAAGGUCCGCGCCUCGGGUAAGGGUCACAUGUGGUACGACACAAUGUGCUCCGACGACGCCAACACGGUCAUCAUCCGCACCGAGGACGUCAACGGCAUCUCCGAGUUUGAUCUCGCGGGCGGAAGCGUAGUCAUCGAGGCCGGCGUGACGUUCUUGCAGCUUGCCGAGUACCUCCAUGCCCGUGGCGCAUCGGCGGGAUACACGCUUGUGAAUUGGAACAUCACGCUGGCGGGUUGUGUUGCUAUGGGAGCGCAUCGGUCCUCGAUUCGUGAGGAUUCCAUGGUUGCGGCGGGCGUGCUGGAGUUGGAUAUUAUUGAUGGGAAUGGGGAGCUGAGGCACCUUGUAAGAGACAAUAAUGACGAUACGUGGCUGGCUGCGUCGACUUCUCUUGGGUUGUUGGGUGUCAUUGUGCGGAUGAAGUUUAAGAUCUACCCCGACUUCAAGGUUUAUGCUCAGCAGAAGACGCUCGAAGAAAGCGAGGUUCUAGACGGCGACAUCUACGGCAUGAUUGCGCCUUACGCAACAGCAAACUUCUGGUGGUGGCCCUACAAGCGCAAAUUCCACCACCGCUACUACGACGUCGUCCCCACAAACACCUCGGACCAGCAAGGCUUCCAGAACACCUUCUCCGUCACCGACCUCGAGGGCACUACGGCCCGCACCCUCCUCGACAGCGGCCGCUACCUCCCGACCUCCAACAUGCUCGCCGAAGAAAUCUUCUUCGGCCUCUGGUCGAAGCCCAAUUUCCGCGAAAAGACGACGAACCAGCCCAUCGAGGAGUGGCCCGUCUACGGCUGGAACUACGACGUGCUCAUCGGCGGGCUGUACCCGGACCAGAGGCCGCUGUGGGAGGUCGGGGUCCAGGGGUACACGCUCGAGCUGGCGUUCCCGAUCACGCAGGCGAAUGCCAUGUUGAAGCGCGUGAGGGCGUUGUUUGAUGAUGAGGCGAAGAAGUUGAUCGUUAUGACGUCGACGUACCGGAGCGGGAUUAACAUCAAGUUUGGCAGGCCGUACUUUGAUCUGCUGGGGCAGGUUACGUAUGGGACUGCUGACGGGGCGGAUUGGAGUAAGGGGGUGAUUAUGCUUGAUUUCCCGACGUUCAGACCGACUGUUGGCGACCACAGCAGGUUCAACGAGCCUUUCUAUCACAACUUGGCCAAGGUCCUCAUUGACGAGUUCCCCUGCCGCCCUCACUGGACCAAGAAUACCCGCGAGGUCUUUGCCCAGGCCGCGAAGAACAUCGACCCCGAUCACAUUGCCCGUUUCAAGGCCGUCAGAGAGAAGUUUGACCCGAACGGAAUGUUCAAGAGCGUUGUCGGUGAAGCCAUUGGAGUUUACUGA